AUGUUCAUUGAGGCUCAAAAAAUGGCAGAAGUUUUAGAUUUUAAAAUUGUUGUUAAAAGAUUAAAUGAAAGGCAAAUCUACCGUGCUAAUCCACCAAUAUCUAUAGAAAAACCAGAAGAUUAUUUCAGAAUUAUAAUUUGCAUUCCUUAUAUUGAGUCAUUUAUAAACCAACUAGAAAUUAGAUUCCUAGAGCACCAUAAUAUUUUUAAAGGUUUUCAUUGUUUAUUUGCUGAAAUCGAAGAUUCUAAUAAAACAGGUUUUGAAUCUCUCGUUUCAUUCUACUUAUCACCUUCUACUGUUAUGUCUUCUGCCCAUAAUGAACUAAAAAUGUGGAAGUUAAAACUAGCUCGUUUAAACGAAAAACCAUCAAAUGUAAUCGAUGCAUUAAGGUUAUAUAAUUUAAUUGUUUUUCCGAUUAUUCACAUGUUAUUAAAAAUAUUAUCUACACUGCCAAUAUCAACAGCUACCCCAGAAAGAAUGUUUUCAAAUUUAAAAAGAGUGAAAACUUAUUUGAGAAAUACAAUGAAAGAGGACAGAUUGAAUGGACUGACCAUGUUGUCAAUAUAUUGUGGAAUGCCCUUAACAGCCGAAGAGGUUAUUGAUGAGUUGGGACGAAAACAAGAAAAUUAG